AUGGGUGAGUCGUAUGACGUUCAAAGAAUCGCAAGCGUCGUAGGAAAUCCGAGGUUUGUGGCUCUUCCUGAUUCUAUGUCGGCUUUUAUCGCAGCUGGAAUCGCUGUAGCUCGUGAAAUAGAAAGCGCACAAAUAGACAAGGAAAAAUUCAAGGAUAAAGGGCCGCUCGUAAUGCAGUUUUCAUUUCCUCGAUAUGUGAUUCACGCCUUAGAAGACGUGCCUUCAACGAGCAUCAAAAAAGUUGUAUAUGAUGCCGAUCAGAAUUCAAUCGUCAACAUUGGAACGGAAGUUGAGAGACUGCAAGGACUAACUGAAACAACGCAGAUGACUCGAUUUGAUUCCAUAGAUGUAAGUGAAAUGUGUAGAGUUCCAUAA